AAAACGAAUUUCGUUCUUCGAAUUUAAAUCAAGUGCCGUUUGCUUUGAACCGGGGGCUGUGGAGCCCGCAAGCCAUAACACUGAUAUGUAGCUCAGUUAAACACCUACUUAAAGGUAACGUUGUAUACCUUUAUUCUUGUUUUAUUUUUUCACGAAGGCGGAUUUGUCGUUAUACUCUACGGGGACAGUAUGAACGGCGAUAACUCAUUUGUGUUGCUCAGUGGAUACGAUAUUGAGUGAAAGUGGAUUUGAGCAUAUCUGGAGUCUCUGGCCAGCUUGCUUUUGUCUGCAGUGAGGAUUUUGGUGUGUGGAGUGGGCUGUGCCUCUUCUUUCAAUACCAGUGAUUCCUUAUGCUUAAUAGAAGUUGUGGCCUGUGUCUAAAAGGAUGGAUGGUGUGGAUUUAAAGAGACUUGUACUUCAGCAUCAGCACUCUGUGUUUUGCUGUGGUGUUCCAUCUUUUUCCAUUUACAAAAGAACACCUCCCAUCCUACACCAAGACUCUCUUCAUUCUAUUUGUAAUGACUGUCUGUGAUCAAUAAGAAAAGGCAGUGGGAAAAAUAAGGAGCUGCAAGACUUUUUUUAAGCACAGAUUGAUCCUGCUCAUCUGAGUUUGCAUGGCGGACGAGGAAGUAUUCUUAUUUUAAUUUUUCAGUCAUUGUACCCACUCACUCUUUGCGUGGGUGGUGGGAUGUCGGAAAAGCCCAACGACAAAAUGGUGAAGUUCCUGGCUCCCCCUCAGAAGAGUGGAAAUGGCACUGGGUCUGGUUCAGACUCGAUGGUGGGUGAACGGCUGCCGACCGAGGUGAGACGCCGACACCACACCAUGGAGCGUGAUCGGUCUAACCCUGAACACCGCUUUUUACGCCGCAGCGUCAUCAGUGACUCUAAUGCUACGGCGUUAGACCUCCCUUUACCCAGCAAGAUCCCUGUCCUUGCACCACAACGGGUUCAAUUGCAUGAAGUUGUCUCCCAGAGGCAACAGUCUGGUGCUGUUCAUGUGCCACGGGUUGAACAAGGUGUAGCUCGGACUGAGGACUCUGCAAAGAGUGGAGGAGGAGGAGGAAGAGACAGAGAAGUAGCAAAGGUGGAUGUUGUGCCUUUAGAGCAGAAGCCUGCUACAGUGCAAGACAUCUGUGAUGGAGAGGUGGCGGUGACAGCCCACGCAGCACUGGGCUUAACUGCAGAAUUGCCAGGUCAAACCGAACCUGAGAGCACCACAGAGGGGAAGGUACAUCACGAGGGAGAGGAAGGAGAGGGGGAGGAAGAAGAUAAGGACUCUGCCAAGGCCCGAGCAGAGGCUGAGCAGAGGGAGGCUGAGAAAAAAGUGCAGGAAGACAUUGAGGAGGCAGAGACCAAAGCAGUGGGAACAUCACCAGAUGGGCGUUUCCUGAAGUUCGAUAUUGAAAUCGGCCGUGGUUCCUUUAAGACCGUCUAUAAGGGCUUGGACACUGAGACCACAGUGGAGGUGGCCUGGUGUGAACUGCAGGAUCGUAAGCUGUCCAAGUCAGAGCGGCAGCGGUUUAAGGAGGAAGCGGGGAUGCUGAAGGGACUACAGCAUCCCAACAUUGUCCGAUUUUACGACUCCUGGGAGGGCCCGUCUAAAGGCAGGAAGUGCAUUGUGCUGGUCACUGAACUUAUGACUUCAGGCACUCUCAAAACAUAUCUGAAGAGGUUCAAGGUGAUGAAGAUUAAAGUGUUGAGGAGCUGGUGUAGACAGAUACUCAAGGGGCUCCACUUCCUACAUACCCGGGCUCCUCCCAUCAUUCACAGAGACCUUAAGUGUGACAACAUCUUCAUCACGGGACCAACAGGAUCUGUUAAGAUAGGAGACCUGGGACUGGCCACACUUAAGCGUGCAUCCUUCGCCAAGAGUGUCAUAGGUACCCCUGAGUUCAUGGCGCCUGAGAUGUAUGAGGAGAAGUACGACGAAUCAGUGGAUGUGUAUGCCUUUGGAAUGUGCAUGCUGGAGAUGGCCACCUCAGAGUACCCUUACUCAGAGUGCCAGAAUGCUGCACAGAUCUACCGCAGAGUAACCAGCGGGGUGAAGCCAGGCAGCUUCGACAAAGUGGCCAUCCCUGAAGUGAAGGAGAUCAUCGAGGGAUGUAUUCGCCAGAACAAAGAUGAGAGGUACUCGAUCAAGGACCUUCUGAACCAUGCCUUCUUCCAGGAGGAGACGGGGGUGCGUGUGGAGCUGGCCGAGGAGGACGAUGGAGAAAUGGAGGCCAUUAAGCUGUGGCUGAGAAUUGAGGAUGUGAAGAAGCUCAAAGGGAAAUACAAAGACAACGAGGCUAUUGAGUUUUCCUUUGACCUCAGCAAAGAUGUGCCAGAGGAUGUGGCUCAGGAAAUGGUUGAGUCUGGCUAUGUGUGUGAAGGUGACCAUAAGACCAUGGCCAAGGCCAUAAAGGACAGGGUGGCCCUUAUCAGUCGCAAGAGAGCACAGCGGCAGCAGGUCCGAGAGGACCAGGAGAAGCGGAGGCUAGAAGAAGAACAGCAGGGUCAGUUACUGGCGUCACAGCAGCAGUCCAGUGCUGAAGUCCCUCAACCAACACCCCAAGUAGUGCAACAGCCUGCUUCAUACGUCUCACCACAGCCAAGCCAACAACACAGCCAGCAGAUUGCUCCUCAGCCUGCAUCUCAGCAGAACCUUCAGACCACCAACUACAGCACUCCUCAGUCAGCUGGUACGGCACCUUGCGUCUCCCAGCCAACUGGCCAGGUCUCAGCUCCAGUUCAGGGUCAGAGUGUGGCUCCUGUCCAGCCAGAGGCUGAGGAACCAGAGGCUGACCAGCACACUGGUGGAGCAGACAGACCACCGGGUUCUUCUGUCCUCCCUGAGGCUCAGCCUGGUCAGGCUGCAAUGCCCUACAACUCUCCUAGUCAGCAGCUUCAGUCCCACGUGUCAUAUCCUCAAACACAAACCGAGCAAAUACAACAGCAACAGAUGCCAGUGGUCCAGCCCCAGGUGCAAGGUGUCCAGCCGACCACAGUAGUCUCUGUGCCUCCCAGCACUCAGCCUGCCCCUGUGGCACCUCAGCAGUACGGAGGUUACUACCAACCAUCGCUUCCCCCUCAGAUGCCCACCCAGCAAGUGAUGUUAACCCCGUCCUCUUACCCGGGUCCUCCUCAGCAGCAGCAGCCAGAGAGCAGUGCUGCUCCACAGAGCUCCACUCAAUCUGGGACUCAGCAACUCCAGUCUUGGGCCAAUGAGCCAAGCCCACCUAUCCUGUCUCCUCCAAUCAACGCAGAGCAUCUGUACUUCCUCUAUCAGGCCACAUGCCUCUCUGUCCUGCAGGGCCCUGUGAGUGCAGCAGUGGAACAGGCAGCAGGAGCAUCCCCACUGUUGCCACCAUCUGUGGAAAGCUGCCUGUCAGAUCCAGCUUCAGGUCUUAGUGAUGGCAAUGAAGGAGGUUCUACAUCAGGAGGUCGUCAUGAGGGGCGUUCACUCAAACGACAUCAGCGGCGAUCUGUUCGUAGCCGCUCUCGCCAUGAGAAGACUGCAAAAGCCAAGCUGAAUGUUCUCAAUAUUUCUAAUAUGGGAGACAGAGUGGCAGAGUGCCAGUUGGAAACACACAAUAGGAAGAUGGUCACCUUCAAAUUUGACCUUGAUGGUGAUAAUCCUGAGGAAAUUGCACAGAUCAUGGUUGAAAGUGAAUUCAUCCUUGAGAGUGAGCGAGAGUCCUUCAUUGAUCAGGUCCGUGAGGUCAUAGAAAUGGCUGAUGAGAAAGGAGAGGGCAUGAAGGAAGGCUUCACUCAGAUGAGUGAUCUUCAGCAGCAGCCUGAACUGUCUACCCCUCUGUUACCAGGAAUUUCUCCCAGCACUGCAGCCCAGGUGGUGCACUCAGCGGGGCGCAGGUUUAUAGUCAGCCCUGUGCCUGAGUCUCGUCUUAAGGAGCAGUUCUUUGGCCCUCCCUCUGCAAAUACCUCCUUUGGAGAUGAACCUGCCCCAGCUGUUCCUGUGACCCUCGGACUCUCGCUGUCAGCUCCAUGUGGGACUCUUCAGCAGGCCUUCAGUGAGAUGAGGCAGGGUCGUGGAGAGAGAUCGGGCAGCUGUGUUCCCCCAGCUACUGAGCCAGAGUCCAGCAGUGUGACAUCUGCCCAUGCUGGCCCAAACUCCAACACCAUCCUCCCUCCUGCAGAUGCUGUAACUUCCACCACUGGCAGUUCCUUGCCUGCGGUGUCUGCCACCUCUACUGCAAGCUCCUUACCACCUCCUGCGACGGGGAGGGUCUCCCCCACACCUUUAUUAAAUCACUCUCAAGCCCUUGCACCUACCACCAGUGAUCCCAGUCCACCACCACAGUCCUCCCACCAAACAAUCCCCUCCCAGAUUGCGCCACCCACCAGCAUCCCCUCCUCAUCUUCAAACAUUGCUCCUCCCGUUGUGUCCCAGCCCUCACAGGCCUCUGUCCCCUCAGUACCUGGGCCUCAGCUAAACAGUAGUGCCGUCCCUGUCUCUUCUGUUGCCAGCGUCACACCCAGUACUACUGGUGCUGCACCUGCCUCAGAGCAGCAGGCUGUUAAUAGUGCUGCUCCAUCUUCCCAACCCAUGACUUUGUCCAUUCACACAGGACAGCACACAGCCUCCCAGUGUCAGCCCAUUCCCACAUCUGUCCCUGUUUCUGCCCAGCCGCCACCCCCCACCACCUUGUCCAGCCAGAAUCAGGUGCAGUCCCAGCCAAUAGAGCCAGAGGGGACUGAGCCCCAACCCAAGGCCCCUGGCAUAGAUGACAUCCAAGCCCUAGAUAAGAAGCUACGGUCCCUCUUUAAAGAUCAGAGCUCUGCCACUUCUUCCACUUCAGUCGAGCCUUCUCAGAAUACAGGCACCUCCUCUCCUCCUGCUGGGACUACUUCCCCCCCACCUGGUGCAGCCCUUGUGCCCCCAUCUAACCUUCCUCUUACUUCUGGAGUACAGGGUGUCCUAGGCCCCACAUCCACACCAGGACAGGGGGUUACCCCAGCGGGACAUACACAGACCCCUCCAACUAAGCCCAGGGCACAGACUUUGCCUGUUGGCUGUGAUCAAGCUAGUACUCCUCCCUCAGAGCACAUACCCCCAUUUCCUGGGCCAAAUCAGCCUCAGCAACCCCUUGGUAAUUUGGAUGCCCAGUUGAGAAGAGCUCUGAGCCCAGAGACUGUUCAGGGAGGUAACAGAGCCGUACCUCCAGCAGCAGGCUUCACUCUGGGACGUUUCCAAGUCUCUGUUGCUACUGAUGGCACCUCCAGCAGUGUCCCAGAUCCUUCCAGCAUUGUGUCCUCUUCCUCCCUCACACCGUCCUCGUCCUCUUCCUCCUCAUCUUCCUCUUCCUCGUCCUCACUCUCAAGCCCAGAGAAUACCCUCCACCGUUCAUCUUCUCUGUCCAAAGGAGUCUGUGGAACUGACACUACAGAUGGAGCCUCAUCUCUUCCUGCUGCUCCUGCUGGUCAGCCCAUCACUAUCGGGCGCUUCCAUGUGUCCUCAAGUGCUAAUGCCAUCACUGAGCCCAGCACUGGCCCGAGCUCCAAAGUGGGACGUUUUUCAGUGACAGUGACCCCAGCUGCAGGCUCCAGUCCAUCUCGUGGCUCCAGUAUGCAGAAUGGGCCAUCUUCUUCAACCUCUGACCCUCAAUACACAUACCCCCCUUACAUCAGCAGUGACAAUGAAGACGACUCAGGUCCUGAGGACGAGGCUUUCCAGAAGGAAGUUAGCCGUCUCAGAGAAAAACAUAUGAUAGAGAUCCAGGCCUUACACUCUCGUCAGAAGGAGGAAAUAGAUGCCUUGUUCACCCGACUGGGCAAACCCCCUCCUUCAUCUGUCCUCUCACCUGCUGUGGCCAUGGCUGGAAGCCGGCGUAGGCCCAAAAGCAAGGGUCACAAAUCUGCUCGCAGUAGUGGACAACACAGCCCACUUCACUCGGCAACCCCAACAUCAAGUCAGAGUCUCCAUGGUUUAGCAUCUCCCGAAAAACACAUUGAGACGUCAGACACUGUCAGCACGAUGUCUUUGCAGCAGCUCAAAUCCUCCCCGUCCAUGCCCAGCCUAAGCACUCCCUCCACAGGAGCAAGUGGAACCAGCUCCUCCAGUGGGCCAGGCCUCAGUAAUUCCCCCGCCCAGACAGUUGGAGCUACUCCUUCUGCCCCUCAUGCCCAGAAGUGCAAAGGCACCUUCACUGACGACCUGCACCAGCUUGUUGAUAACUGGGCCAGAGACGCCAUCAACCUCUCUCAGUGCAAGAGGGGUCCCAAAAUUGGAGCACAGGGAGCAUUGGGGCAUGAUCAGAUAAUCCCUCCAGCCAACAUGGGACGCAAAUUCUCUGCUCCAGGCCACCUCUGCCCUACCCUUCCCACAGGUGCCAGUACCACCACCACCACCACCACCCAGCUGUCCAGCACCUCUGUCCCACUUGGACCUCGUAAAGGCUCUUUGGGUCCAGUUGCCCAGGGUUUUGGUUAUGCCUCUGCCCCAUACAGUGCUCCUCAGUGGGCAGGCCCCACAGGCUCUUGCCAGGUCAGCAUACUUAACCCAACACAGCCACUAGCCCAGUACCAGCCCCCCACCUCAGCUUCAGUGUCCUUGCAGCAAGGCUACCAUAUGGGAACCACCUCAGCCCCUCAGAAAUCUGUCAGCCCUGGAGGUGCCAACCUGAGGCCCACGUAGCCCAGUCUAAGCCCUGUUCUGGGCUGAGAGGGGGGCCAGACAGGGUGGACAGUUGUAGAACGAGAACCACUAGCUCUUGCUGAAGCUUGUUGGUUGGGUCUUGUGAUUUUUAUUUUUUAUUUUAACUUUUAUUUUUUUUCUGUAUCAGUGUUGACCUGUGUGGUUCAGUCCUGUCAGGCAGACAGAAAGCUGUCGGGCAGAUGGAGGGAGAGUGCAAUACACACCCACAGCACAAGUCACACACUUAACCCUGCCUUUGGCUGUGGGAAAGAGUUGUGAUUGAAUAGUUGAUUGGUUUUGUCCAGUGAAAUAAGGACCCAGGGGCAUAACCAACAACAGCCAAAGAUAUCCAUUGAGAGCACCCACUGCAAUGUCAUCAUUCCUGUGAAGAGGGAUUCUAAUUCACAUCUUUACUUGUCCUGGCUUUAAAUAUGCCUAGGACAGAGAUAAUUGGACUGGUAACCCACUCACUUGAAAACAGACAAACAUGCGUGAAGACAUGCCCGACUAAAUAUUCACUGGGUUGAGUGAAUCGUGGAAUGGUAGGUUAAGUUGUCCAGGAGAGAACGGGGAGAUUAUGACUGUACAGAAAGUGGAAGGGUGACCUUUUGUCUUGGUUGAAGCACUUAGGUGUUAGGGGUGAGAUAGUCAGGGAGACUAGAGGGUGUUAGGAAGAGAAAGACAUAGUAAGUUAGGAAGGAGUGUAGUGGAUUGGUUUGGAACUUGAAUAUAUCCUGUGGCUACCUAUUCUACAGUAAAAUGCAAUAACGGUAAAGACCUGUCCCUUGUAACAGUGGCCUUAACUCCCCAACAUAUGUAAACAUUGACUUUGUAUAUAGACAUUUUUUGCUGGGUUAUGAGUCCAUGUUCAGCCUAUUUAUAUGUCCCUGUGAGAAAGUCUGGUGUCUUUUGUGAUUUGAGUUGUCUCUUUUAUCCAUAAAAGUUUAAUAUCAUACUGAUUUACCCUUUACACUUCUGACAUGUUAGUAUAGGCCAGUGGAUCUGUGUGCACUGUACAUAAAACAAAAAUCUGUCCUGGUGUUGACCACCAUUUGGAGAUUGAGUUGAGUUCAAGAGGUGUUCCUACUGUAAAUGAUACUUUGGUUAGGGUGCGUAUACAGCUGGUUAAGAAGUAGACCUGAGGUUUUUUGUUUUAAUUUAUUAUUAUUUUUUACAGUAAGAUUGAAAUUUUCUUGUCAAGGAUCCCAAGUUGACACAUCACAUCACCCAGUGUAAUCAGUACUGAUAGUAACUUUGUAGAUUUAGACAGUUCAGAAUCUGUUAUUCAUAUCUUACAGAAGGCAUUAGGUUUGGAUUAAUAGAGUACUACUGGUGGAUAUUGAGAUUUUUGGGUUCGGAGGGGACCAGCACCCCUUGCAGUGGUUUACAUAGAUGUUGCAUGAUACACAGAUACACAGGUUGCUCGCCAAGUCAUGUCAAACAAAAUAUUUCCGCGUAUGACCUUUUGCCGUCAUCUCUCAAAUCACAAGUGUCUGGGGUUCUCUCUCUCUGUGGUCUGUUUUUGUAUGCGUAUAUUUAAUAAAAACAAACAAGAUGUUCUUUAUGGACCUGUAUUCAGCCAUCAGAUUUUGAUGUUGUUUCACUGUAAUUAUUAUUAAAGGUUGUUAAACAACAUGUAGUUAAAGGAAUAUAAAAGUGCAAUUGCAGGGUUGUUAUUACUGAUAUCCCACUAUUAACACAGGAGUAAUCCUGCGGUUGAUUAAGCUCUUAUCUUUGACCACCCUGCCCCCUUUUUCUAUUUUAGUGUGUAAAUAUAUAUAACUAUAUUAAUGUGAGGUAAAUGGUUUCACGUAAUGCUCAGUCACUGUAGAGUACUAUGUGCUUGCUAUAACCCACCCCGCACAUGCAUAUGCACUCUACCCUGUAGACCCGGAACACUUUAGUGCCUUGCAUCCUCACUAAUGACAAGUUCCACAUCCAUCUAGUCCUGGAGUAGUAAUGUAGCUGUGACUGUACUGCAGAAAACCAGUUCUCAAACCUACACAACACACAAGUAACAGAACAGGUGGCUCUGUAACCAACACACAUGGCCAGUCUAGGGGACAACAGCUCUUUGGAAGAUCAGACACAACAUACGAGACUGCAGAAUAAAGAGCACACUGAGUAAUUUGGAAACUGUUUAUUUUCUUUCCUUUACAAUUACAUAUGUGUUGGUUGUGUAUCAGCUGUGCAUUUAUAUUUUGGCUCACACAUGGUUUGGCUAACAUUUGUCUUUUUGUGGAGUUAUAUCAAUAUAGAAUUUCAUAGCAGCACUUGUUUGGGCAGAGAAUGAGCUGUAAAAAGAUUCAACAGUUGUCAUGCCUGAUGCUGGCACAACUUUUCUUGCCACCUCAUACAUGAGUGCCAUUCUCUCAUUGCGGCCCUUUCGCCCACUCAUAGAUUGGAUGAAUACUUAAACUUCUCUAGAGAAAAAAUAAGUUACUGCAAUGCAGAAUAUGCAAUGUUUAAAGUUUUAUAGGGACUGAGGGGUAAUGGAAACAUUUGCAUGCUGAUGAGGGUUGUUACAGACUUAAAUGUUUUUGAUAUUGGAAUAUAGAUAUCCUGUUUUUCUUCAUCCUUUUUUUUUUUAAUUCUUUGCCUUUCUGUGAGUCCUCACAAAGUGCCGAUGAUUUGUUGAAUUGCCAUUCACCACUGUCACAGGCACAACAUAGUUCAAUAUCCGCAUCAGCAUAUGUAUCCUGCAUGCUAGCUUCACCGGUUUUUAUCUUAAAACGACAACAACUCAUAACUGACCACUGUACAGCACAAGCUCACAACAAAGCUGAUAUUUAUGUGCUACUAUGCUAUUAUUAACUAUCAAUAUCUCGCUGCAAUACUUUCAUGAGGCUACUAACACGCAGUAAUAUCCUGUUGUACUUAUUUCUGAUCACUCUUUACUGACCUCCUGUGACUCAGUGUUCUCUGGUUUUGUGUAUGUUUUUUCACAUUGUACAAAAUGUAAAAAAAAUAAAAUAAAAAUGAAAGAUCAGUCUGGGCA